ACUCUUAAUACUAAUGUUAGUAUUUGGUGGUACGACUUACGAGUAGUCGUAUUUUUCUUCCUUUGUCUAUCUAUUUGUCACUUUUACCUGCAUCUCCCUCUUUCCUCCAUUGAAGCGUACUCUGGUUUCUCCAUUGAACCGAUUUUUAAGCUUUCUCUCAUCUAUUGAAGCAGCUUUUAGUCAAUGGCACCAAAAGCCAAGGAGAAACCUAAAGGGUCUUCCUCACAGCCCACCAUUGCCAUUGAGGAUCUCUUUACUUCUCUUAAUAAAUUCAUUGGACGCUCAGAAUACGAGCAGGCCACCAAAGUCGCAGAACAAGUUCUGUCAAGUGCUCCGGGUGAUGAGGACGCUCUUCGGUGCAAGAUUGUAGCUCUAAUCAAAGCUGAUAACAUUGAUGAAGCUUUUGCGGUUAUUCAGUCUUCACAGAGGCUUCCGAUUGAUCUAAAUUUCCUGAAGGCAUAUUGUUUGUACAGGCUAAACAAACUAAAUGAAGCUUUGGAAUCCUUGCAAAGUCAGGAGAGGAGCACUGCAACUAUGUUGCUAGAAUCCCAGAUAUUGUAUCGUUUGGGAAGGAUGGAUGCUUGCCUAGACAUUUAUCAAAAGCUUCAAAACUUAGGUAUUGACUCGCUAGAGAUCAACUUCGUUGCUGGUCUUGUGGGAGCAGGACGGUCAUCCGAGGUGAAAAGAGUUCUGGAAUCUCUCAAGGUUAAACCAACAAGCAGCUUUGAACUGGCGUAUAACACUGCUUGCUCUUUAAUCGAGACAAAUAAAUUUGUGGAUGCAGAACAGCUUUUGCUGUCUGCUAGAAGAGUGGGCCAGGAAUCCCUGAUGGAAGAUAACUGGGCAGAUGACGAUAUAGAAAAUGAAUUAGCGCCUAUAGCUGUUCAACUGGCAUAUGUUCAGCAGCUCCUUGGAAAUACACAAGAAGCUGUGCAAGCAUACUUAAACAUGAUAAAACAGAAUUUAGCUGAUGAAUCGUCCCUUGCUAUCGCAACAAACAACUUAAUUUCCCUUCGAGGUCCAAAAGAAGUUUCUGACAGCCUGAAGAAGCUUGAUAGGCUUAUAGACAAAGGUGAUGGAGGCCAGUUUCGGCUGGCUCGUUCUCUGGAGUCAAAACUCUCAGUCAAGCAGAAGGAAGCAGUCUAUGUUAAUCGAGCUCUUUUGCUUAUUCAUGCUAACAAAAUUGACCAGGCUCGGGAACUUGUUACUGCUUUAGUGGGAAUGUUUCCAGACAGCGUGACGCCUGUGCUGCUUCAAGCUGCAGUACUGGUCAGGGAGAACAAGGCUGGCAGAGCCGAAGAAGUGCUGGGGCAGUUUGCUGGAAAGUCCCCUGACAAGUCAAAGGUAUUUCUCCUUGCCAGAGCCCAGGUUGCUGCUGCUGCUGGUCACUUUCAAGUUGCUGCCGAGUCCCUUUCAAAAAUCUCUGAUAUACAACACAUGCCUGCUACCGUGGCCACUAUUGUUACCUUGAAAGAACGUUUAGGAGAUAUUGAUGGUGCUGAGGUUGUAUUAGACAAUGCAAUCAAAUGGUGGUCCAAUGCAAUGACUGAAGACAACAAACUUACUGUUAUCAUGCAAGAGGCUGCUGCUUUUAAGCUAAAGCAUGGUAGACAGAAAGAGGCUUUGGAGUUGUUUGAGGAACUUGUUAAGAAGAAUAGCAAUGUUGAUGCUUUGGUGGGAUUAGUGACUACUGCUGCUCAUGUCAAUGUUGAAAAGGCUGAAGCUUACGAAAAGAAGCUCAAGUCACUUCCUGGUUUGAAGGGAAUUAAUGUAGAUGAGCUUGAAACAACCUCUGGGGCAAAGCCCGCUGAAAAUGGAUCUCGUCUUGUGAAUAUUGAAGGGCAUGAUGAGAUUAAGAACAAGGAUAAAACUAAGAAGAAAAGGAAAAGAAAGCCAAGAUAUCCAAAGGGAUUUGACCCUGCUAAUCCCGGCCCCCCACCAGACCCAGAGCGUUGGUUGCCAAAGAGGGAGAGAUCUACUUUCAGACCCAGGAGAAAGGAUAAGAGGGCAGCUCACGUUAGAGGCUCCCAGGGUGCUGUAUCUCGGGAUAAACAGGAAGCUGGAACUUCUGAUGGUCCUAUUCGCAGUUCUGGGGCUGAUAAUGCUGAUACAAAGGCUACAAAUUCAAAGCCAAGCCAAGCUAACAACUCGAAAGCAGCCUCUCAGCAUACUGGUGGAUCUAAAUCAAAAAAGAAGUCAAGAAAAUAGUCAGUUGUUUAACCUUCAUUGCAAAUUUUUUUCCUCCUGUCAGUAUUUUUUCUUUUGAGAUUUUGCUCUCAUUUUGGGUUUAUGUUGUGUUUGUGACCCUUUUUUAGUCUCACAUGACAGUUAAAUAUUUUUGGUCUCAUAUUUUUGGACUAAUAGUAACACAAUUAAAUCCACGCA